CUUGACUUCUUGUUUUGUUUACGUUUUUGAAUUCAUGGUGAUGAUUGAUUUGAUUGUAAAAUAGUGUUUGGUGGAAUCUAAUAAAACUAAUAGGAACUUACCUUCGUUAUAUUAUAUUACACAAAUAUUACUAUUGGCUCAGCCAUAGUCAGUAAGGGUUUUCAAUGAUGAUAAUGCUUUUAACUUCUGUAAUUCAGAAUGGGAGUUGACUAUGUAUCCUGGUCUAAGGAAGAGUUUACUUACACCAACAUACAGUGGAGUCAACAAGAGACACUCACCUAAGUUAAGCCAGCACAAGUUAAACUUCACAGGUAACUUCACUGCAUGUCAUAAGCACUUUGACAUAAGCUCUGUGGAACUAAGAGAUUCUAUGAGACAAGACAUUCUCAACACUGUGAUGCAGAGAACUGAGUCCAUAAUGCUGGAACACAAAGAUAGUGACUGUAAUCCCUUAUAUGAAGAUCCAAGAGAUGUUGUGGGCAAGCCUGCCAAGCCUCCUCGAAAGAGAAACAUUCAAGGUAUUGCUGUUGUCUCUCCUAGAGGCAGUAAAGAAGGAAAGUCCUUGCUUAGAGAGCAAAAAAGAAAGCUUACAAAAAAAUAUGAAAGUUUGGUCACUGCGCUGAUGGAUAGGUGUGAAGAAAAUGUUAUCAUAAUAUCUGAAAAAGAAUCUCAAAUAAGUAAACUAAGGGAGAAGCUGAAAACAGUACUGGAGUACAACAGACUGUUUGCUAGCGACAAUGAUCGCCUCAAAGGCGAAUACACUACAUUAGCAAGCUAUGUGGAGGAGUGCAAGGCAGUUAUACGAGAGGAGAGAGAAAGGAAUGUAGAGUUGGAGAAAAGGUGUGAAAAAUUGGAGGAGAAGGUUAAGCACUAUGACAUGCCGAACAAAGAUAUCUCUACCACAAUACCUCUGGUUGAAGUUUGCAUGAACUGUAGCAGUCGACAAAUCGUACUUAAUCAGACAAAGGAACAAAAUUCACGAUUACAAAAAGAUAUGCAAGCUAUGAAAGAUGUAUUGUAUAGAUUAAAUGUUCAACUUUCUCGAUAUCAAGAACGCUUAAGGAGCAAUGCGAAUACAUUGAGCACUGGUGGUAAAGAUGUAUUCAAACCUUGCGAAAAAUAUGACGCCUUUGAUUCUUUAAUAACAGCUAGCUUAGGACAGAAACAAGCUGGUAUUGAGGACAUUCAUACUAGAUCAGCUACUGAGGAUGGGACACCUCGGUUAGAAAGACUCGUAGAUUUGUCUGGAUUAUUGAGUGCCCAAGCAUUAGCUCCACUGUUCGAUGCAUUCCAAGAAAACUUACAAGAAAAAGACAAUCUCAUACUUGACUAUGAAAAGCAAUUUGAGAAUAUGAACAAAAAAUCAAAAGAGAUUGUGGCAGAGAAUAAAACUUUAUUAGAAAAGGGUAAUACAUUGGAACAAGAACUGGUACAAGUGAGACAGAACUAUAAAAAACUUGUAGUUGAGAGAGAGACGAGUGAUAUUGAGAAAGCGACAAUUUUGGAAAGAGCAGAACGGGCAGAAUCUAAGUUGAAGGAAGUUUAUGAAUUAUAUGAAGGGAAGAUGGCAGCAAUGAUGCGAGACUACGAAACUGUCCACCGCGAAUACUUUUCGGUGAAAACAGCACUAGAAGCGUCCGCGGGCAAGAUGGCGCAUUUCGACGCUAUGAGAACAAAAACUGUGCCCGCAGACUUGCAUGAACGGAGGUUGGAUGACUGUAAACGAUUACUAGACGAGUUAAAACAUCAAUAUGGAAUGGAGUCUGAACGAAAAAGCGAACAAAUUAAAAAACUAGAAGAGGAAUUGCAUAAAACUGAAGACAAAUAUAACAAAAUCUGCCAACAGCACGAAGUUAUUAAAGAAGAAUUACGAAGCGCACUGAAGAACGUUAGGUUAUACCGUAAAGCAGCAGUAGUCUUCCGUCACAGAGCGCGCGCAGCCGCCGCCAGAGCCACCCGCGCACGCAGGAGUAAGAAAAUACAGAACAAUGAACCAUUGUGCAAAGCCUUGGACGCGCUAGAGAGGAUCAAAUUGGAGAUUAAGGCCGUGAAAUCCAGAGCGCACACGUCGUUGGAGGAACUGGAACGCCGUAUCGUGGAGCAGGAGCGGCGCGCGGCGCAUGCGCAGGCGGAGUACCGGCGCGAGCUGGAGAGGGCUUCGCUGGCAUUGGAGCACAAGGAGGGCAUCAUCAGAAGUCUGAUCGACAAGGUUGCAGAUGUUGAGGAAGUCAGGUUAAGCCAAACCAACACACAUCGGUUGCAAGGCAUCGUCUCUGACUCUUCUGACAAGUCCUCCCCGAAGAACGAAGACAAGAAGAAAUCCAGCGUGAAGCUAGUUCCAGGGCCUGGCGGUUAUUACCAGGAAAAGGAAAAGAAGAAAAAAUAGUUAAUCACUAAUUAUAGAGAGUUAUAAUCAGAAAACUCUGAAUAUAUACAAUUGUUAAUUUUAAUCCAGUUUGUAUCACACAAGUAUUUUCUAUUUGAAACAGGUUAGAAAAUCUUUUACAGGAAAAGCCUUUCACAAUAGACCUAUUUCAAAUAAAUUGCUAGAAUUGUUUCCCUUUUAACCGACUUCAAAAAGGAGGAAGUUUUCAGGUUUUUAUUGUACUCGUAAGAAAUUAUAAUACUGCAUUACUUAUACCCAGUUUUUUAUAAUUAUAUACUACGAAUUUCUGUAUUUGUUAGAGCUACAUUAUCUUUACGCCUUGUUCUCCAUUAUGGUGUAGUUUUAGAAUAAUUAUAAUAAAUAUCUUAAAUGAA